AUGCCGCCGCUACAUCAAGACGUCAUUCAGCCAGACUCUCAACUUUACGACCAAUGGGACAAUUUGGUCAAUUUAGAUUUACGGCAUAUGACUUCGAGGACCUAUUCAGACAUGAGACGCAAUGGCGAUGAAUGGGAGCGAGGCUGGAGAAGAAAGACUUACACGCUGGCAACAUUCUGCGAUUCGGUACCUGAACAAUGA